GAGGACGCAGAGUGGGUUGCAAGCGCCAGGGCGCGAGGGAGUGACGUGUUGACACAGCCGUGGACAAACAAGGCGGUCAAUUAUUAACCUGUCGUGCAGCGGGCACCAGGAAACCCGAGCCGGCACCGUCAACCGAGUGGGGCGGACCCAGGCUCGAGGCCGAGAGCAGUGCAGCCCGCGCGCACCCACGCUGAUCCCGCCAUGGAGGCAGGUCCUGACGCCAAGGGGGGCGACAGCUCCGCAGCCUCGGAGGACCCUCCAACCGCCGAGGACCCGCGUAGUCCCUCGCAGCCGGCGCUCCCUCAGCUCCCGCGCCGCCCGCAGCUGCUGGAUGAAGACGCGGGACCGGACGAGGAUGGAGCCGCGGCCGCAGAGGGCAGCGAUCCGGUCCGGGGGGACCCAGAACCCGCAUCUGCGUCGAGCGAGGCAGGACCCAUGCCCAAGGCCACCGGCGGCACCGUUCCGCCCAUCGGCUUCGUGGGCGAGCCCCCGCCCUACGCGCCGCCGGACCCCAAGGCAGUGGCGCUGCUCUACCCGCCCUUCCCGCAGGUGCCGGUGCUGUUCCAGCCGGCGCCCGGGCCCGCCGCACUCUACCCGCCGCCGCCUGGCCCGCUCUUCCCACCCGCCGCUGCUGCCGGAGCCUCCUUCCCCUUCCCGGCGUAUGGCAGCCCCAUGGCCGGUGGGCCUGCCCCCAUGCAGGUGGAGCACAGGCCUCUGCCCAAGGACUUCAUGAUGGAGUCGGUGCUGGUGACCCUGUUCUGUUGCCUGCUCACAGGGCUUAUUGCCAUUGUGUACUCCCAUGAGACUCGAGCAGCCCUGGGCAGGGGUGACUUGGCCCAGGCGGAGGAGGCUUCGAGGAAGGCCCGCUCACUUGUACUCUUCAGCCUGCUCUUCGGGGUCUUUGUGUCCACCAGCUGGGUCAUCUAUGUGGUGGUGGCCCUCUACCUCCCCUGAGUGAGGCCCAGGACUUGCAGGCCAGGUUGUUCCCUUUGGGUGGACCCUGAUGCCCACUGGGGCUAGCUGUUGCUCAUACAGGGCAAAGGGGAGGUGGGCUCAGAAGCCCUGUCCAUGGGUGGUCCACUGAGGCCUUGGGUGGGAUCCUAAUCUGAGGGACACGGGCCUGGAAGUCUUCCUGGGCUGCCUGCCUUCACCUUUACUCCUGGAGAACACAGAAGACUAAACUCACCAUCUUCAGAGCCUUCCAGAGGACAUGGCCACCUCCAGCCUAGCUCAGGAUCUGGCUCUAGUCCUACUCGCCCUCCCUGGGAGAGUGGAGAGGAGUGCUGCUCUCCCUGGGAGUUCCUGCCUGGUCCUGCACCCUUGCCAUGCUGGGAGAGAUCAGAAUGCUGUGGUCAGUCAACAAGGAGUGACAGAAUUCCUGUCACCACUUCAGAGGACACUGCUACUUUCUGUCUUCCAUCUGUGUGCAGCUGAGUCCCAGGUCCACUGCCUGCCCUUCUCCGAGCUGUCUGAGGCCCACACUUACACAGGAUGCCUCAUUCCCCGAGAGCCAUUUUUCUAUAAAUGUAUUUCCUUACUGCCUCUGGCUUCUGGUGGCUGUUUGAGGCUUCCGGCUUCUGCCCUUCCCUGCCCCAGCUUCCUACUCGUUCCUUUACAGUCAUUGACCCAAGUCGGUCAGCUGAGGGGUUGAAGAUGUUUCAAAUCGUUGAAUGCACGCACAAAGCCCCUCGUUCCCUCCCCAGCACUACACAAGUGGGGUAUGGUGGUGCACAUCUGUAAUCCCAGAACUUGAGCAGAAGGAACAGUUCAAGGGCAUCCCUGGCUACACUGAAUGUUAGAGGCGAGCCUGUGCUACAUGAGACUGUCUCAAAACUAAAAAGGGUCAGCUGGGCCCCCAGUUGGGGACAGCUGUCCCGACUGGGGAGUGCUCUCAGAUCAGGGCACCCCAGAUGCUGUGAGACACCUGUAGAAUGAUACAUGGCCGUCCUCACAUCAUGUGCCCUGGGGUCAAGUCCAGGUGGCUGUGAGAAAGACUGUUGUCACAGGAGUCCCAUCCAUCUGUGAGGAGGGCACUAGGAUGGAUCUUAAAAGCACAGGAGGAGCCCGGCGGUGGUGGUGCACGCCUUUAAUCCCAGCACUCGGGAGGCAGAGGCAGGCGGAUCUUUGUGAGUUCGAGGCCAGCCUGGUCUACAAAGUGAGUUCCAGGAAAGGCGCAAAACUACAGAGAAACCCUGUCUCGAAAAAACAAAAAAAAAAAAAAAACAAAAAAACCCACAGGAGGCUUACACACAGGCUGGCCUCUCCUCCUUUCCUGCUGCCUGCCAACAACUACUGCAGACUACUGAAGCGGAAGCCCAGCCCUCCUCCAGGGGGCGGAGCCUGGAACAAGGAAGUCUGCAGUGAGCAUUAUGGAAAUCCAGGAUACAGGGUUGCUCUGGAACCAAGAACUUGACCUUCAAAAUGCAUGAGAGCCACAAAGAGGAGGAAAAGAAUUUGGGGGCUGGUAGAUGCCUCAAAGAUACCUCAUAGCACCCAACAGCCAACUCCGCCAUUCUCUCACACCUUUUAAAUAAGUCAUGGUGGAAAGAUGUCUAGAAGGCUGCUCCUGUGGAGGUGCUGUGAGUCACCUGCGGGAAUCAUGUUCAACUGCAGUGGGGCUGUAACUGCAGCUUGAAGCUCUGCGUGAUUAAUGAGCUUCCUGGCUCUUCUGUUGCUGCUCGGAACACCUUGCGUUAAUAAAACUGUCAAGGGUACCUGCAUCAGGAUCUUACCAUGAGAGCUCCAGUGUCCGUUACUCAACGCUGUUGUGAAAGUGAAGCAGAUAGGAAAAACAAGGAAGUGGAGUCUGAAGUGUGAGAAACAGAGGAGGUGGUUCAGCACUGUGUGUGAAUACGCAGGUGUAGAGGGAUGGCUCAGCACUGUGUGAACACAGGUAUAGAGGGAUGGCUCAGCACUGUGUGUGAACACAGGUAUAGAGGGAUGGCUCAGCACUGUGUGUGAACACAGGUAUAGAGGGAUGGCUCAGCACUGUGUGUGAACACAGGUAUAGAGGGAUGGCUCAGCUCUGUGUGUGAACACACAGGUACAGAGGGAUGGCUCAGCACUGUGUGUGAACACAGGUAUAGAGGGAUGGCUCAGCACUGUGUGUGAACACACAGGUAUAGAGGGAUGGCUCAGCACUGUGUGUGAACACAGGUAUAGAGGGAUGGCUCAGCUCUGUGUGUGAACACAGGUAUAGAGGGAUGGCUCAGCACUGUGUGUGAACACACAGGUAUAGAGGGAUGGCUCAGCUGUGUGUGUGAACACACAGGUAUAGAGGGAUGGCUCAGCACUGUGUGUGAACACAGGUAUAGAGGGAUGGCUCAGCACUGUGUGUGAACACACAGGUAUAGAGGGAUGGCUCAGCACUGUGUGUGAACACACAGGUACAGAGGGAUGGCUCAGCUGUGUGUGUGAACACACAGGUACAGUGGGAUGGCUCAGCACUGGGUGUGAACACACAGGUAUAGAGGGAUGGCUCAGCACUGGGUGUGAACACAGGUACAGUGGGAUGGCUCAGCAGUUAAAGGGUGGUAGCUUGUUAGGUAAAGGCAUUGGCCACCAAGGCUGACAGCCUAAGUUUAAUCCCCAGAAUGUGCAUGGUGGAAGGAGAGAGGCAACUUCUCAGAGUUGUCCCCUGAGCUCCACAGGAGCACAGCUGCCCAUUAUACAUGCACUCACACACACAAAUAAAGUGUGUUAAAGGAAAAGAAAAUCAGAAGACAAGAUUCUGUAGCUAGAAUACCAUGAAAAAACAAACAGAAGGCAACUCAGUGAAGUGACUAGAUAUAAAAUAAAUAUACAGAAAUCAACCAUAACUGCUUGUAAGUUGAAAAAUUCAAAAUACUGCUCAUAAUAGUGACAGAAGCCAGGUGGGAGUGGUUCAUACCUUUAAUUCCAGCACUUGGGAGGCAGAGACAGGUGGAUCUCUAGGAGUUGAGGCCAGAGUAAGUUCCAGGACAGUUAGGGCUGCACAGAGAAACCCUGUCUCAAAAAAGAAAAGAAAGUGACAGAAGUAAUAAGAUUUAUAUAUGUACUUUAAUAAUAAAGAUCUGUCUAGCUAGAAGAUGCCUCAGUGGUUAAGAGUGCUAGAGUUCUUUUUAAGAUUUAUUUAUUAUGCAGUGUUCUGCCUGCAUGUAUGCCUGCACACCAGAAGAGGGCACCAGAUCUCAUUACAGAUGGUUGUGAGCCACCAUGUGGUUGUUGGGAAUUGAACUCAGGACCUCUGUAAGAGCAGCCAGUGCUCUUAGCCUCAGGGCUAUCUCUCCAGCCCCAAGACAAAUGCCACAGACAUAAAAUUGUUUUUAAUCAAGACAAGGUUUUUCUGUGUAGCACACUGUUCUAGAACUCACUUUGUAGACCUGUGUGGUGAUAUUUUGUGAUCUAACAAAUAAAUCUUGUCUGAAGAUCAGAGUGUGGAGCUAAGCCACUAGUCAUCCAUAGAGGCCAGGCAGUGGUGGCACACACCUUUGAGGCCAGCACUUGGUGUCUCUCACCUUUAAUCCCACCACUAGGGAGGUGGAGACAGGAAGUGAUACAGCUGGGUGGAGAGAGGAAUAUAAGGUGGGAGGAGACAGGAGCUCAGUCUCUUUCAGGCUGAGGAGUUGGUGAGGUAAGGGGUGGUGGCUGUGGCUUGCUCUUUUGUCUCUCUGAUCUUUCAGCAUUUACCCCUAUAUCUGACUCUGGGUUUUAAUUAAGACCCAUUAGGAUAUGUGCUACAGACCUAGCCUCAAACUCACAGAGAUCCAUCCGCCUCUUCGAGUGCUGGGAUUAAAGGCGUGCAGCACUAUGCCAGGUAAAAAUAAAUCUUUAAAAAAAGGGAGGCUAAUAAUUGAAGAUAACAUCUAAUGUCAGUCUCUGGCCACCACACCCGUGCAGAUACGUGUGCUAUGGGACGAUCCUUCUGUACUGUGAAUAUCUGUUGCUCUCAUUGGUUGAUAAUAAAGCUGUUUGGCCAAUGACAAGACAGGAUAAGGUUGGGCGGGACAAUCAAACUGAGGACUGGGAUGAAGAGGAGUGGAGUUGAGAGAGAUGAGAACCAUCCGCCCAAGAAGCAAGAUGCCAGAGGACUGGUAAAGUCAUGGCCACGUGGCAAUACAUAGAAUAGAAAUGGGUUAAUUUAAAUGUAAGAGCUAGUUAGUCAUAAGCCUGAGCCAUCGCUCAAACAUUCUGUAAUUAAAAUAAGCUUUUGUGUGUUUAUUUGGGACUGGGCGGCUGGACAAAAGGCUCUGCCUCUGUUUACACAUGUGCAUUGCACACACACUAUUGGGAUUUUAACAGUAACUGUUUCACACCAGUGGUUAACUGAGGGUGAGGGACUAUUUUGGGAGUCUCAGUAUGUAGCUGAGGCUACACGGUGUACCCACACCUGGCAACUGACAUCUUCACAACAUGUCUGACCUUAGGUAUAUGGUUCUUUUUGCAUGUGGUAUGGUAUCAGGGAUUGAACCUAGGGCCUUUCCAUGCUAGGCAAGCACCUUACUACUGAGCUACACACUCAGCCCUUACAUACAGGUCUUUUACAACACUUCCCUCUGAGUGCUUUUUAGUUUUAUGUGUGGAUUCUAGCAUGUUUCAAAACCAUCUCUACACUAUUCUUUAAGCUAUUUGAACUCAAAUCCUUAGUUUUCUCUCCUUUUAAAGCCCACUUAAGUCUGACAGGUCUGCUGAAGUUUAUGUUCACAUGAUGCUGUAAUCCAUUCAUGGUUUACCUUUUCAGUGUUUAAUCCCAUAUGUGUUUUUCUUUUCUUUUUUUCCCCCCUCCCCGAGACAGGGUUUCUCUGUGUAGCUUUGUACCUUUCCUGGAACUCACUCUGUAGCCCAGGCUGGCCUCGAACUCACAGAGAUCCACCUGCCUCUGCCUCCUGAGUGCUGGGAUUAAAGGCCACCGCCACCACCCGGCAUUUUCCUUGUUUUAUUGCAUUGACUAGGAUUGCAAGCACUGUAAUACUGAACAGAAGUGUGGAUGGCAAGCUGCCUUUUGAUCUCAGAAGGAAGGUUUCCUUCCAAUUUUUUACCUUUGUAAAAAAGAUUAAAAAAAAUUAACCAAGUGCUGUAGGUUUAGAUUUUAAAGCAUUAAAAAAUAUACCACAUAGAUGUCAGAUUUCACGAGUGAUUUUCCUGUAUCAACAGGAAGGUUAUAAAAUGAAUUCUGUUGCUAUGGUAUCCAGACCUUUUUUUUUUGAGACAAGGUUUCACUGGGUAGCCCUGGUUGGCCUGGAGAUCACAGAGAUCUACCUGCUUCUGCCUCCCAAGUGCUGGGAUUAAAGAUGUGUACCACUUACCAAGUGUGGCUCAGACUCCAUUUUUUUAAAAUUUUAGAUUUUUGUGUGUGAGUGUUGUAUAUGCACACACUAUUUGCAAUCCUGGUGCCAGAAAAGGUCAGAAGAGAGCACUGGAUCCCCUGGAACUGGAGUUACAGACAGCUGUUAGACACCAUGUGGGUGCUGGGAAUUGAACCCAGGUCUUCAGCAAGAAUAGCCAGUGCUCUUAACUGCUGAGCCAUCUCUCUGACUUCAUCUCUUUAGCAUCAAGGGCUGGCUGUGUGCUGUCCUCCUGGGUGUGGUACUUCAUUCUCAAGGUCUGAGGGCAUUUCAUGGCUUUCCUCAGCACUCAUACUGGGAAAGUUAUAGGAAUGACCUGCAGAAGGCACCAUGGAGGCAGAGCUUUGCAGCCUGAAUCUACCCUGGCCAUUCCUCUCACAGGGCAGGGGGGCGCAGCUCUUACCUGUGCAUGAUGCUUGUGUAUUUUUUAUUUUUCUCACGUGUAUGUGUGUGCAGUCACAGGACACCUUCCAGGAGUCGGUUCUCUCCUUAUACCUCAUGGGUCCCAGUGACUGAAUCAGGUUGUCAGAGUGGUCAGUGCCUGCACCCACUAAGCCAUUUUCCAGUUUCCUCUCAGUUUGAACAUCCCUGAGGCUAUGAACAGGGGCGGUGGCCGGGGACGUCAUCGUUUACUCAGCCAGAGUAGAUUUUAGAUUAGACCACAGCCACAAGAGUGGGUCUGAGGACAGAAUGCCUAUCAGAGCCCCACCUCACCCUUCCCCUUCAGCUAGGUCACAAACAGGCAGGGACUGGCCCAGUUCAGCCUGGCACAGAAAGCCUGGCAUAGACAUGGCAUCAGACGGGCUUUUGUCUGUUUAUUUUUUCAUAUAAAAGUUACGCGCUUGUAAUGUCUGUAGGAAGAUGCCACUGUUGGACAGAUUAGUGGGGGGAUUUAUAUUACAGCAUCACACUGGGAGGCAUUAGGCAGGUGUUUCGGUUCAAGGGUCAGCCAGAUGUGGCAUUUGCUUGCCCUAGUCUUGGCCAUACCAAACCCGCAGGUAAGGGCUGGCCUCUGCUGAGAACCAAAUUGUCCAUGGCAUUCAGUAUGCCUACAGAGACUGAUCUCCACAGCUCUCCCAGCCCCCCACCCCCGAGAAAAGACACGUGGAAGCCAGGCUGCAGUGAGCACUGGGCUCAGCCUCAGCCAGAGGCAGGUGACUAGGGAAGCCUGUUGGCUAAUAAGUUAAACCCACACAUCACACCUCACUGUCCUGACUCCCAGGACUACAGGAGGCCCUGGUUUUCCUGGAUCUGGAAGGUGAGCCUUCCCUUCAGCCCAGCUCAUGCUUGGGAACCCACGGAUGCAGACCACAGACGCACUGCCUGCUGUGGCACCAGCAGGCUAGUCUUGACAGCCUGGGCUACAGAAGGCGGCUGGAGGAAGGGCCCUGCGUGCACAGUGCCCCCACUCACACCGAGCACUCCGAGCUGCUGAGGGCAGGAGGCAGAGACUGAAAUGAAAGGACCUGCAAAGGAGAAACAAACCAAAGACCCACACGACUGCGCACAAGCCUGACUCCACACGCACACACACUCCUUAAACAACCUGCCCGGUGGCUGCCAGAGGGAGCCAGCCAAGGGGCUGUUCACAGAUGCCCCCCCUCUAUUUACAUCACAAAUAAACAGGAGAGGGGGAGGAAUAGCCCAUAGUUCCUUUUGAUAAAAGCUGCUAAAAAAAACCCAGGAGGGGUUCAGAGCGACAGUUGUUUCGAACUUGUACCCGGCCAGCAGCUGCUGUCUUCUCUUCCGCUGUGAUGACUGGGCUGAGGAAGCACAGAGAUCCUGGUGUCCAUUUGACCAAGCCCCACGACCAGAAGAAAUGGGUGCUUGUUCAUGCAAAAGUGAACUGGAGGCAUGGGGCAGGGCCAGCAGCACAUCUGGAUUCUGACCUGCACCCUGCCAACCAGCUCCAGUGGUGCCAUGGAGCCACGGGCUGGGAGAGCCCAGCCAGCACUGAGCCCUGAACAUCUUGCCCUCGAUUGUCGACCUCAGCAGCAGUGGGUGGCUCCAUACUGGGGAAGGGUACCUGCCUGGAGUCAGGCCUCUGGAGGCACUCACACUCCAGGCCUGUUCAGCCUUCUCGGGGACACCAGACAUUUGCAGGGUGUAGAAAGGGACUAGGGGACCUGCUGGCUCAGGGAUGGGGUGGAGUAGGAGGGAAGCCCAUAGGCCUGGAAGGGACAGGAGAUGGCAUUAAGGCACACAGCAAGCAUGGAGGGGCUGCUUGCCUCUCCCUAGGUCACUAAAGAGCCUCACUCUCUGAUCCACUCGGAGCCUCCUCUUCCUGAUCCCAGAGUGCCGUGCUGGGGGUGGGCUGGGCCCACGGUGGGCAGGCGCAACAGGAUGGAAGGUGCUCCUGGUGGUCCUGUCACGGUGGAACAGGUGAGCCCCAGCGGCCAGGCACGGCAGGGCAGGUCUGGGGCCAGUACUGUGACAAGUGCCAGCUCUGUGGCUGCUGCCUGUCACCCACCACACCUUCUGGGCCAGGUCUACACGCCCCAUCCUCCAUAGUUAAAAGGCAGGGAAUGGACAG